AUGUUAGCUACUUCUCCUAAAGCAAUUUCACCUGUAGAUGAUCAUAUUCCUUCAUCUCCCCCUUCUUCCAAAGAACGUUCACAGUCGAUAACCUACCCUCGAGCAUUUCUUCUAUCUCUCGCAUAUCCUAACGAACACCAAGACCACCCUGGUGCCGAACCACGUAAGAUCUCCCGUAGACUAAGUUCCUUCACACCCAUUUUGAGGUGUUCAGUCGCCAUGACAGAUUCGGACUGGGGUAUAUCAGAGGAUCAAUCUAGUUUAUUUGAUAACCAACCUAUCUCGAGGGAUUUACCUAUCCCAUUAUCAGGGGAGAGACAUCCUUGUGAUAGAUCUAGAUCGGGUAUAUCUAGAGGGAAUAGCUCAGAUGAUGGAUAUGGAUAUGGAUAUGGACAUGGAAAUGGUGUAUCAACGAGGGAUUCAGAGACGUUGUUCAGUUAUAGAUCGAUGGAUGACAAGGAAGGUAAAUUACCGAUUUUAGUCGAUUUUGAUGAUCCUUUUGGAACAAAUGGAAUUGGAAAUGGACAGACCCCCAGUCAUCGUCAUCUUAAUGAUUCGGAUCAAGAGAAAGAUAAAGUUCAUAAAGGAAUUGUGAACGAAAGAGAAAGAGAAAGAGAAAGUAUCUUCCCGCGAUCCGUUAAUUCAUCAACAACAUCACUUCAAAAUCUAGGUAUAAGAUUAGGUCCGAGAGAAGAUCUGGUUGAUCAAAACUCCCUCGUUGGGGGAGGUGGUAAAAUAUCAAGAUCAAAUAGUAAUUCAUCAAUUACAUCUUCCAAAUCAAUUUUGAAUAGGAGAUCAUCUUCACCUUUCGGUGGACAUCAUGGUACUAGUGAAUUAAAUCCAUUCGCUCCUCCUUUUCCUUUGCCCAAUCCCAACAACGGUCAUGGUAAUGGUCUGAUACAACCCAAACCUAUAAGUCUGAACGAAGCUAUUCAACGAAGAAUCUCUACAUCAAGUGAUCGUUCCAACCCUCGCUCACAGUCAAAUUCACCUGAAUUACUUGCAGUGGCGGGAUCACUACCACUUCCUAAGAACCUUCCUUCCUCCCUUCCCGCCAAACCCAGUCCGCUCCCACCGGUCUUCGUCAAAAGGGAAUCCGCGGCAUUACCUCAACCUAUGGCUUUACCUGAUAUCGCACCGUUAGGAAAAGACUGGCAUGGCGAUAAUUCCCUGAGUGGUAAUGAGAAACGAAGAAGGGCUUCUUUACUUCACACUGGACAAGCCAUCUCAAGAGGAAGUAGUCCCCUAGCUAGAGGGUUAGGGGGAGGGAGUGCACCGAAUUCGAGAAGAGGCUCAAUGGUUAGUAGUAACGAUGAGAUUACAAUUAGAGCUAGAUCUCCCGGGACAGGUGAUCGGAAGGAACUUGGUAUGGGGAUGGGAAGAAGAAAUAGUCAUUCCAACAAGGAGAGAUGGUAA